AUGCAUCCCGACAUCCCCGUCGAGUGGGACGACAACAUGGGCACCCUCAUGUACGAUAUUCUCAUCAAAUACAAUUUCGGUCAGUCCAAUCUCUGGGUCAAAACUGCGACUUCAAGUAGCCAAACAGGAACGGUCGACAUGUUUACCUUCACUGGACAACCGCGGAAGGUCUACCGAAACCUUGAGCGCGGAUUCAAGUACUGCUUCCUCGGAGCACGUAUGUUUCCUUCUGGUUGGCAAGACGAGUUUCGGUGCAUCCUUCCCCUCGGCGACUUUUACGAUGUCGAUUACGUUAUCCCGACCUUUGAGAUAACCCGGAACCCUAGCGACUCGCAUCCGACACCGUAUGCAAACGUCCCUGAGAUCGGACCCUGGGACAACUGGAAGCAAGCCCGUCGCCUGGCGCUCAGGAUCGAUCACAUCAAGGAUGGCAAAGUUAUCGGACAAUACCAACACUCUCACGACCACACCUUCCCGUACACGAAGUACGGUCUGGGUUCCGAGCAUACCAACUUCCUCGCUGGAGCGUGGUCUCGCGUAAUGGCUUGGAUCGCGGCCUUGACGAACGUUAAGUGGGCCAAUAGAAGUUGGUUCCGGCACUGGGCCAUUCAACCCUACGACGUUAUCGUCGAAGAAAUCACGCCAUGCUUCGCGUCCCAGCAGAUGGUCAUCUCCCAGUCCGGUCCCAGAGAGAUCCAAGAGCCGCCCAAGCGUAUCCAUGUGGAGAACAACAUGAGAAUGAUGGACGAGCUGUACGCAAGAGAACAUCCGGAGAUGUCAAUCGGCGCUUGGUCUCGGAAACUGCUACCCAGCGGUAGGGAGACAUGCGAUGCCUGCCACAUGGCCAUGUCGAACCCCGCCGCUAUGCACUGCCCACCCACCUGCUUGGAUUGCUCUCCGCAGCAGGUCAAUCUUCCCAACAGCCGCAAGACAGUAUGGGCUUGCGACUUCUGCGUGUCUGUCGGACGCGUGUGCACCUUCACCCCAGAACGGCACCUCGACCAGCAUUUCGAUGACUUCAAAUCCCUCGGAUAUGCCAGAGUGCUUGGAGGACAUCGACAGUUGUCCGACAGCGAGAAGCGAACUGCUAGACUACUGCUCAACGGAGCUUGCAUACCAGAGUAUCGAAAGGAAGUCAACCCUGUGACUCCAGGACAUGUGUACGACAAGGAGGACAUUGAUUACGAUGGCGAUACGGAAGAAGAUGGGAUGUACCGCGGAUGGAGAUGA